AUGGAGGCUGAAGGCUCCAGUGGACUGUUACUAUCCAGAAAAAGAAGAAGAGACGGCUCCAAUGGAGAGGCAGAAGAGAGUGAAAGGCUUGGGAAAAUUCCGAGAUUCACUGUGGGUUUAAAACACCCUGCUCCCUUUGCUGAUGAGCUGGUUCCAGCUAACAAAAAACCAUAUGCCAGAGUGACUAUGGAGGAAGCUAAGAGAGGAACGCCUCCUGAAAGACCAGUGCGAGUCUAUGCAGACGGGAUCUUUGACGUGUUUCAUUCAGGUCAUGCCAGAGCACUUAUGCAGGCCAAAUGUCUUUUCCCCAACACUCACCUUAUUGUUGGAGUUUGCAGUGAUGACCUCACCCACAAAUAUAAGGGCUUUACAGUCAUGAAUGAGGAUGAGCGCUAUGAUGCUAUCAGACACUGUCGAUAUGUGGAUGAGGUUGUCAGGAAUGCUCCAUGGACACUUACGCCGGAGUUCCUGGCCAAACACAGAAUUGACUUUGUGGCUCAUGACGAUAUUCCCUACUCCUCAGCCGGCAGCGAUGACGUUUACAAGCAUAUUAAAGAAGCCGGUAUGUUUGCUCCCACCCAACGCACUGAAGGCAUCUCUACGUCAGACAUUAUCACCCGCAUUGUACGCGAUUACGACGUGUACGUGAGAAGAAAUUUACAACGUGGUUAUACUGCAAAAGAACUCAAUGUUAGCUUCAUCAAUGAGAAAAAGUACCACUUGCAGGAGCGGGUGGACAAGGUAAAAAGGAAAGUGCGAGACGUGGAGGAGAAGAGCAAAGAGUUUGUGCAAAAAGUGGAAGAAAAGAGCAUUGACCUCAUCCAGAAGUGGGAGGAAAAGUCCAGAGAGUUUAUUGGCAACUUCCUGCAAAUGUUUGGCCCUGAAGGAGCCCUGAAACACAUGUUGAAGGAGGGCAAAGGGAGAAUGCUGCAGGCCAUCAGUCCGAGACAGAGCCCCAGCAGCAGUCCGACCCGGGAAGAGCGCUCCCCGUCUCCAACCUUCCGCCUGCCUUUCUUCAGCAAGACGUCGCCCCCUCCCUCUCCCCGCCCCCACCACAGUGGAGCCCGCGGUUACCUCAUCAGUGAAGAUGACGAGGAGGAGGUUGAAGACGAUGAAGAUGAAAACUAG